ACCAGUUCACAUGAGACCCCUGGACCCCAAUCCUUUCCAGGGUCUGAAUCGUAACACUUCAGUUAAACGGAGAAAUGUCUCCUCUGAGCUGCAGUCCCGAUCCAUCUCACGCAGGAAAGUGAAGGAGAAGGACAACAUCCUGGGGUUUGAGGUCCAUCGGUGUCUGCAAUGGCAGAACUGGGAGCUCGGGAAGGAGUACACCAAACAUCUCCUGCUGAAAAAUGUCCGCCUGAAGACACAGAAGAUGAAGUUCAGCCCUCCUGCCACCACCUUCUUCAGGACAUUGUUCCCUCAGAUGGUCACACUGAGUGCCGGGACUUCAUUCACCCUCCCCAUCACCUUCCGACCCCUGGAGAAGCGUGAUCAUGAAGAUUCAAUCACUUUUGAAACAGAUGACGGCAUCUUUUCUGUGUCCUUACAAGCUGCACUUCCACGCCACACUCUCACAUUUCCCGAGGAGCUGACCUUGCCUAUGUGUGCCGUGUUUAACUCAUCAGAGGCCAUGUUUAUCCUGCAGAGCACAUGUGACUUGCAGAUGCAGUUCCGAUGGGACGUCCCAGAACCUUUCCUCAUCAUCCCACAAAGUGGCGAGCUGGACCCCAGAUGUCAGAUCUGCACCAAGGUCUUAUUCCAGCCGCAGAUUGCGCUUGUACACAGUGUGGUCGCCACAUGUCACUUUGGCCUGAAUGAGGAAUAUACAAGAAGCAUACAGCUGACUGCAAUCUCCAAGUACCCCCAUCUCUUGGUAUCUGUUCCCGGAGAAACAUGUGAGGAUACCUUAGAAGUGGGACCAGUUCUGCAGUUUGGAUCCGUUGGAGUGGACAUGGUGUCUGAGAAAAAUAUUGAAAUCUGCAACCCCUCAGUGGUGGAUGCUGCUUUCCAUAUUGAGCAGGAGAAGAGGCCAGGCCAAGUGGACUGUCAUUUUUCUUGUGGCGUUUCAGGUGGUAUAGUACCAGCCCAGGGCAAGCUGAGAGUUCCCCUGAAGUUUAGUCCACGUACAGUGGGCAUUGAGAGCGUGGACUAUUUCCAGGUCAUUCCAGCUGGAAAUAUCACCAAGUCAGUGGUAAAGGUUUCUGGGAUUUGUAAAGGACCCAAUGUGUCUCUCCACACAUCAGUUCUAAAUUUUGGUUUGGUUAAUUUGGGGGAGGAGAUCCUGCGCACCCUGGAAAUGACCAAUUCCUCAGAUGUUCCGGCACUCUUUCAGUUCGAUAUCAAUACCAGCGAAAGCGUUUUUUCCUUUGACCGGACAUAUGGAACGCUGGGCCCUGGAGAGACUCGAAGCGUGAAGAUCACCUUCUCUCCAAUUCACCCAAUUCCUCAUAAUCGGCGAGUCACCUGCCUCCUCCACCAUCAGGAUCCUUUGUUUGUGGACUUGAUUGGCAGUUGUCACUCGGACAUGGACAAGCCGGCCGUUGUGCUUCCUAAGCACAUGUCCCUUUACAGAACAAACAUGGCUCGGGGGCUGACAAUCUACCCGCCAGAUAUCCUGGAUGCCAUGAUAGAGGAAAAGAAGAUAAACACAGACACUGAGGGGGCUCUGGUUCUUCAGGAACAGAUUGACGCCACUCCUGAGAAACACCACCUUCAGGACACUGCAUCUGAAUAUUUUAACGAUGACUUCAAUCAGGAGGAUUCUACAUUGUUAUCACAUAUUACAGCCAACACCAGAGACUUUGAUUUUGGCCAGUGUGUGGGUCACACAAAAGAAACGCUACCAGAAUCUCUUCCUCUGUCCUUGACCAAUCACACUAAGGGGAAAGUGACUGUUAUGUGGACCUGCAAACCUCACAGUCCAUUUCGGGUCACCCCAGAGGUCACCGAUAUCCCACCUCUGAAAUCCACUUCAUUCCGUGUGGUCUUCCAACCCUCACAGAUGAAUACUUUGUAUGAGGCAGAACUGGAGGGCUUCAUCUUUUACAAGGUUCUGCGAGAUUAUCGUAAUGUGAAAGAUGCCACUGUCUGUCCCCCUUGGUGCAUUACCCUGCGGACAAGAGGCCACACAUUUCAGUUAGGACAGGGUCACUUUGUACCCAGCUGUGUUCUGGAUUCACCUCACAUGGUUUUUCCGCCAGUGAGACAAGAUAUGCACACAUAUCGCAGUUUGCUGCUACAGAACACUGGCUCUACGAUAAUGACUUAUGCCAUAGACCAGAUGAGCUGCCUGAAUGUCCAGGUAAAGCCAGCCUCCGGUCACCUGGCACCUGGCUCUCAUCAAAUACUGCUGGUGAGGACCAGCCCUCAUGAAACUGGAUUGACAAGGAACACUCUGCCUCUGCAGCUCAAUUACAGUUCUGAUUUCUCCCAGGACAUUGUCCUGUUUUGUAGAGCGGAAACCCCCCAGCUCUGCCUAGAAAAGAAGGGAAGACUUUACUUUAAACCGACCUAUGUGGGUACCCAGUCUGAGUGCUCCUACUCCCUGAAGAACUGCUGCAGAGUCCCGCUGCACUUUGAGUGGACGAUCCAACAGACCGACCGAUCUUAUUUCUCAGUCAGUCCUUGCAAGGGGAUUAUCAGACCGAAUGAGACCUUGUCACAGACUUGGUCAUUUGUUCCACAAGAAGAAAAAAAUUACUUUAUUAAAGCUACGGUACUGUCUUGGCCAGCUGAUGAAGCCUCCGAGCCUGUCUCAAAAAGGCACUACCCCCUGCGUAUCACUGGAGAGGGCUGCAGGGGAACAUUGUCAACUCAGCAGGAGCUCCUGGAUUUAGGAAACAUUUUAGUUGGCAGUUUUCAGUCACAUGAUCUGCUUCUGUCAAAUGAUGGAAACUGCAGCCUGGAGUAUACACUUAGCGCCAAGCAGGAGAUCAUGGGGGCAUGUGACCCAGACGAGGUCAUUAAUGACCCAAUAGCUCUGGAGUUUGAUCAUACUAAAGGGAGACUACCAGCCCGUACCAAGCUGAAGGUGAGAAUAAUUGGCCACCCGGCCCGCCGACUCCCCUAUACCUGGACAAUCAGCUACUGCAUCCUCUCCCCAAAAGCUCUGGAUCCUGCAAACCAAGUCACAGAGGAACAGUUUCUGUGCAGUGUGACAGCACAGGGAGUCUACCCCAUGUUCACGGUGGUGGACGCAUGUCCAACGGGCAGUGCCAGUGCACUUACCAAGACUCAACUUUGGAGGCUUUUUUCACUGGAGAGACUUAAUUCCUGUCUUCAAAGUGAUCCUACUCCUCAAGAGCUAAAAUACAGGGUUCCCACUCGACACAGCACCCGCAGAUGUCCCCCUGUAAACACCCCAGUCUUGCUGGACUUCAACUUUGGAGCUGCCCCUGUGGGGUCGGAGCCAUUUGUGGCCCUUCUUUUGCUGGAGAAUAAUGGCGUAUUACCUGUGAAUUGGGACUUUUUAUACCCGGUGGACCAGCAGAUUGAGCUGGAGUUCUGGGCUGAGACUUGGGAGUUUGACCCCAGCGAGAUCCACCAGAUGAGAAUACAGGACAACAAGCUGUUUAUUGUCAGCCCAAAAUCAGGGGUGCUAAGACCCGGCCAGCAACAGACGAUCCAGCUGUCCUACAGACAUGACUUUGUUGGAACUGAUCGCUUGCCUGUCCUACUGAAGCUAUCACAUGGGAGGGAGAUUCUGUUAAAUUUCAUUGGAGUGACGGUAGAAAAGGAGCAGCGUUAUGUGCACUUCACAUCCACGAAGCAUCAGUUCACGCCAGUGGCUAUCGGCAGCUCCAGUCCACCAAUACAGAUCUAUGAACUGUAUAAUGGGGGCUCUGUGGCAGUUAUCUAUGAGAUCCAGCUGGAGCCCCUGAGAGGAGUGCAAGAGCAGAAUUAUCAUCACCCCAUCUUCCAGUGCUUGAAUCCCAGAGGGGAGAUAUUACCAGGUGCAACUGCCUAUGUGGAAUGGAUCUUCUCACCAGUGGAGGCCAAAACCUAUUCCGUAACUGCCCCCGUGCAUAUCUUAGGAGGAGACUCCGCUCUCAUUACCUUUGAAGGGAUUGGCUAUGAGCAAAGUAUCCUGGGGGAUACAAUACAUUCCCAAUCCUCCCAUGUUAUCAUUAAUCAGCCUCACUCUUACUGGAAUCUCCCACAGGUCCCUCGCCUGACUCAGCAGAAGUUGGCAUUUGGAGAUGUCCCUGUCUUCUGUAAGUCCAGCCGGGUUCUGUUUCUGAAUAACACCUCUGAAAGUGAGGCCUUGCUCUUCACAUGGUAUGCCGGUUCUCCAAACGCCAGUGAGGUUCUGCAGGUCUCACCUCUUUUGGGCACCAUGAAGCCGGGUGAGAGCGUUAGUGUGGUGGUCACCUUUCAGUGUGGCGAACAGGCCUCAUUCUACGCUCUGGAGCUGGUGUGUGAGAUCUUCAUGGAGAAGGCCCUCGCUGAGUAUGAACGGGCUGUUAGAGAGUGGGAGGAAGAAGAGGAGCGGCAGACGGUAGAAUUUACAAUUAAUGAACCAGCUGAGAAGAAAUUUCAGACGAGCUGUCUGAGGUCCGGUGGUCCUGGAAGAGGCCAAGAUAGACACCAGCUAACUGAGAUUAAACGAUACAAGACUCUACCACCUAUCAAGAACGGUGACUACACCCGACCCCCGGUCAGCCGAGACAGGGAGAGCCGCCAGGCACAAAAAGAGGGUAAAAAAUUGCGGGUCCGGCCUGAGCCACCUUUGCCUAUCCAGCUUCACCUGUCAGUGACGGGCAGGUCCCACCACCCACCGGAUUUUCUGAACCAAUUCCCGAAUGACUUCCAACGUCACUUCCAGCAGCACAAGUUACCCAAGAAGAAGAUGGAAAAGGCAAUUCCUGUGGACCUUCAGCCUGAGACAGGAGAACCAGACGGACACCCAGGAAAACCCACCAAGGCAAUGCAGGAGAUGGCUACAGACAUCAUGGCUGCAGUGAUUAGGAAUCUCCUGGAUGAUAAGCAGUUUCAUGAAGCUCUGGAGGAGAUACAGAACGAUCCUGUGCCGUACUUCAGACAGUUUCGCAGCCAGGAAAUCUCCCCUGAAACUACCAACAUCCCAUUGGCUGAAGAACUAAGUUCAGAACAAACACCGUCUGGUGCCAUGACAGAGGAAACAGAGGAGGAAGUGGACAAGUCAGCCACGUCUCAGUUGAUAACGGCACCAGAACACAGAAAGAGUGAAGCAGAACAAACUGGCUUGGGACAAGAGGAACUGAAAGAAACGUUCAAAAGGGCUCCGCUGUUCAGCCAGCUGGUAGAGUCCAUUCUGGAGAACACUCUACAGAAUAUCAUGAUUGAAGCCAACCGAGGGGAAGUGGUGCUGACAACUCGUCCGCGUGUCAUCGCUCUGCCACCUGCGACCCCCAGGGGGAUCACACCGACCUCCUUGUUCAGAACACCGUCCGUGGCACACAAUGUACCUGCUACUUCAAUGUCUCCAGAAGAUCCAGGACCCACGCCGCCUACGGAUAUUCAAUAGAGUACUCUGUGUCCAGGACACAGUGUAAUAUGACAAGGAUACCUGGCAAGGUUCUCCAUCGU